ACGACGCAAGAUACCAUUACAGAGCCACCUGCAACGCAUGCAAUUGGCACAUUAGCACCGACGUUCGCAGUUGAGUGCCAUGACCAAUGCCGUUUUUCCCUACGUUAGCCACAUACCUUAAGUUCCGGUUGCAACGAUUGGUGGGCACGUAUACUUCCUCCGGAACAAGUUAUUAGGCUGUGCGUAUCAGACCUAGCUAGGACGACGAAACUAUAGCCUGCUGGCAAGCGCGUGUUACCUUCUUUGGCUCUGGAUAUAAACUGGUUUCUAAGAUAUAUUACUGAUAUGGCUCCAGUUACCUUGAAUGUCUAUGACUUAGCACCGCACAACAACUGGACAUAUUGGUGUGGAGUAGGAAUCUUUCAUUCAGGCGUGGAAGUCUAUGGCGUGGAGUAUGCAUAUGGAGGCCACGACUAUGACUACUCUGGCGUUUUCGCAACAAACCCGCGGGACGCGCCUGGGCAAGUUAUCUUCCGGGAAAGCAUCCCAAUGGGAGAGACGGAGCUGAGCCAGCAGGAAAUUCACCACUUGGUGCAGCGGAUGGGAAACGAGUACAAGGGGAACAACUAUCACCUGCUGCAGCGCAACUGCAACCACUUCGCUAACGACCUCUGCACGCAACUGGUCGGGAAGGAAGCACCCUCAUGGGUCAACCGGCUAGCGGGGAUAGCGGUGGUGCUCCACUGCCUCAUCCCCACCGCCUGGGUGCCGCCGCUGCAGACGCCCUCCGCAGCGCCCAUACUAGACCAGCCCAUCGGUCGGCCGGACGAGGGCAAGUCGCUGCUCAUGCCAACAGGGCAGCGGUCCGACGUGUACGGCGAGCGGUUGCAGCCCUCGGCACUUCUGUCCUCGUCGUCCGGGACGCGCAUCUGAAGGGGGGCAAGGCCCGUAGCUGGGGUUGGAUGGUGAUGCUAAUGCUAAUGUGGGGAUGCCCUCAAAAGCGAGGGCAGGUCGCGGAUUUGUAGGCGCGAUGGAUGUGAGGGUAUUGGUAGGGAUGAUGUGCUCUGCAAGCCUGCGUUCGCGGGAGCGGGGGAAGGUACGUACCACGGCGCAGGUGGGUUGCAUGCGAAGAGAGCAGCUGAUGUGUGGUGCGACGCGUGCCUCGACUGUGGGUUUAGUCCUCUCUGCACGGGACGCGUGUCGUCGGCAUGUGCGUGUGAGCAGGUGUGGCGUGCAAUGCGCGUUGCAUGCGGGGAUCUAGGUGGGUGCAGCAGCUGCUGCUGCGCCCAUUAAUUUGGACUUUGGACGAGCUUGGGACGCCCCACACCAAAGCACAGGCGCGGGUCCUGAGGAGCAAGCAGGCAGCUGUGUGCUAUGUGUGUCACUUGAUGUGUGGCUGAGACAAUGCAUCAUGGGUGACUGUCGGUGGGGGCAUGGGUGUUUUCUUGUGGCAUUACUGCCCCCCAGCGGCCUAGACUCCUGUGGCCGCUGUUAGGGCCUAGACUAGUGCCCAAAUCUUUUGCUUGCGGCUGUACGAGUUAUUCGCUACUUGUUAAGACAUGCAGACACGUAUCACAAUUGAGUUCUUAGUCUCAAGUGCGUAGACCCCUAAACUCAUGUUUCGCUGUGUAACGAUGAUGCGUGGAAUGCAACUGGUGGCGGCGCGUUUGACGGGGACAAACCCUGUUGACAAGAUACUUUCACGUUUCUCGAGGUGGUCGUCGCGUUAGGGCUGGAAACAAGGGAUUCGAACAUGCCAUGUGCCCACCUCAACAGACGGUUUCGGUUACAGUUCUGGUGGGGUUGGGGGUACUUUUACCAUGUCGUGUCGAUGGAUGGCUGUAGGUAGGAAGUCGAUGUGUUUCUUGCAAGCAGGUCCAGGAGCAAGGAUAGGACGCUGUGCAAGGGGGCUGGCGGGUGCACUGGAAUGGAGGACAGCAGCCCCCAUGCGCUGGGCUGCGUGUAUACAUAGCGACACUGUUCCAUGAUUUGCACAAAUCAGGGGUGGAAGAACAUUUUGGUGUUUAGGACAUUUUUGCUUUCGGUGACUGCUACUUAUUAAUACGAAAUGUGGC